GUCCUUUACAACGCGACAGUCAACGACGUCGCCGUUAAAGCGCCGCAGCUGCUCGGCGGGAGCCUUGGCGAGCCCGCGUCAAUUUUCCGAGAAGGCGACCAUCUGAGCAGGUCUAGACAAGGCGAACAGGGUUGUGUUGGUGGACAAGACCACCAACCAGAAGCUCCUCGGCUUCGAGCUCUGCAGGAGGCACCCAAACCUGCAAGCCGUCGCAAUGGCCAAGGAAUCCUCGGCCGAGGAAGAAGAAGAGUCCUCCGGUUUCUACACAAGCUGCGAGGAGGACGGAGAGGACGACUGAGUGACUCAGAACCGCAGCAGUGCGUGCGCGGAAGCAAAACACCUACAGAGCCCAGGGUUCUAAGGAGAACUUCAUAG